AACAGUUUAGGUGUAAAUAUUAAUAAACCAUCAAAAAGACACGAGUAUGCUAGUGGCAGCUUCUAACCACGACCAGGCCAACCUUGCAACCAACAAACAACUCAAAGCAAGUAUAUAUAGACAAAUUGCUCCUAAAUGCAACAACCACAGCUCAGGUUAAGCACCAGUUAUAUGCAGCAAAAUCAUUCCCAAAGUCGCUCUUGUCCCCAACGCUACUUGGUCUCCCCGUCCAAUCAUGGGAGGCACCUCGCUUUCAUCCACCGGGGCAGCAGCCACCCUCCUCCUCGUCCUCCUUGCAGCAGCUCUACGCCAUGGCACCGGCGCGACGGAGUACACCGUAGGCGACUCCGCCGGGUGGACCAUCGGCCCCAACUACCUCACCUGGUCGCAGAAGUACAACUUCACCGCCGGCGACACGCUCGUGUUCAACUACGUGGCGGCGCAGCACAACGUGUACCGGGUCACGCAGGACGCGUUCCGGACGUGCGAGCCGCCGGCGGCGAACCAGACGAUGGGGUCGUGGGAAACGGGCCGCGACCGCGUCGACCUCCCCGUGCCGGGGGACUACUACUUCAUCUGCAACGUCGCGGGGCACUGCCUCGGGGGCAUGAAGUUCGCCGUGGCCGUCGCCGCGCCGCCCCCUCCGCCGCCGCCGUCGCCUCCCCCGCCGGCCCUGCCGCUGCCGCCGCCGCCCGCGAGCUCGGCCGGCGUGUCGUGGAUCGCACGGCGGCGGCCCGCGUGGCCGGAGCUGGUGCAGCGGCGGAUUCCAUGCCUCGCCGUGAUCGGCCUGCUGGUUCUCGCUUGAUAGAUUGGUAGGGGGUUGUUGUGCUGAUUUUUUUUUCUUUCGGUGAUGGUUGACCUGGACCGUUUCUUGGUGUUGGUUGGUUUCUUGGUUGGAAUGUGGUAGCUGUGCAUGAGUGCCUACGGUUGAUGGGGAGCGAUGACUCCGUACUGGAGUGGAACGUGGCAACGCAUUGCUCUUUCCUCUUUGUGUCUUGUUAUCCAUGUGCAGUGCAAACGUAGUCGUUCGACUGUUA